CACCCGGAAGUGGGCGCAGGCCCUCUGGCUCGCCGGGGGCCAUGGCUGCGGUGGCUACUGCUGCCGAAGGGGUCUCGGGUCGCGGGCCUCCGGGGGAAGUGAUUCAUCUGAACGUGGGAGGCAAGAGAUUCAGUACCUCUCGCCAGACUCUCACCUGGAUCCCAGACUCCUUCUUCUCCAGUCUUCUGAGCGGACGCAUCUCGACACUGAAAGAUGAGACCGGAGCGAUCUUCAUCGACCGGGACCCCACCGUCUUUGCCCCCAUCCUCAACUUCCUGCGCACCAAAGAGCUGGAUCCCAGGGGCGUCCAUUGUUCCAGCCUGCUUCACGAAGCCCAGUUCUAUGGACUCACUCCACUGGUUCGUCGCCUGCAGCUGAGGGAGGAGUUGGAUCGAUCUUCUUGUGGGAAUGUUCUCUUCAAUGGUUAUCUGCCUCCACCAGUGUUCCCAGUGAAACGGCGAAACAGGCAUAGCCUCGUGGGGCCCCAGCAGGUAGGGGGACGCCCAGCCCCUGUUCGUCGGAGCAACACGAUGCCACCCAACCUGGGCAAUGCAGGGUUGCUGGGUCGAAUGCUGGAUGAGAAAGCCCCUCCCUCCCCCUCAGGGCAACCAGAGGAGCCAGGAAUGGUGCGCCUCGUGUGUGGACACCACAGCUGGAUUGCGGUGGCCUAUACCCAGUUCCUCGUCUGCUACAGGCUGAAGGAAGCAUCUGGCUGGCAGCUGGUGUUUUCCAGCCCCCGUCUGGACUGGCCCAUUGAGCGCCUGGCUCUCACAGCCCGCGUGCCUGGUGGGGCUUUGGGUGAGCAUGACAAGAUGGUGGCCGCAGCCACUGGCAGCGAGAUCCUGCUGUGGGCUCUGCAAGCAGAAGGUGGUGGCUCUGAGAUAGGGGUCUUCCACUUGGGGGUGCCUGUGGAGGCCUUGUUCUUUGUGGGGAACCAGCUCAUUGCCACAAGCCACACAGGGCGCAUCGGGGUGUGGAAUGCCGUCACCAAGCACUGGCAGGUUCAGGAGGUGCAGCCCAUCACAAGCUAUGAUGCAGCAGGCUCCUUCCUCCUCCUGGGAUGCAGCAAUGGCUCCAUCUACUAUGUGGAUGUGCAGAAGUUCCCCCUGCGCAUGAAGGACAAUGACCUCCUUGUCAGCGAGCUCUACCGGGACCCUGCAGAGGAUGGGGUCACUGCCCUCAGUGUCUACCUCACUCCCAAAACCAGUGACAGUGGAAACUGGAUCGAGAUCGCCUAUGGCACCAGCUCAGGGGGUGUACGGGUCAUCGUGCAGCACCCUGAGACAGUGGGCUCAGGGCCCCAGCUCUUCCAGACCUUCACUGUGCACCGCAGCCCUGUCACCAAAAUCAUGCUGUCAGAAAAGCACCUCAUCUCAGUCUGUGCCGACAACAACCACGUGCGGACAUGGUCUGUGACGCGAUUCCGAGGCAUGAUCUCCACCCAGCCCGGCUCCACCCCACUUGCAUCCUUCAAGAUUCUGGCGCUGGAGUCAGCUGAUGGGCAUGGCGGCUGCAGUGCUGGCAACGACAUUGGCCCCUACGGUGAGCGGGAUGACCAGCAGGUGUUCAUCCAGAAGGUGGUGCCAAGUGCCAGCCAGCUCUUUGUGCGUCUUUCAUCCACUGGGCAGCGUGUGUGCUCGGUGCGCUCUGUGGACGGCUCACCCACGACCGCCUUCACCGUGCUGGAGUGUGAGGGCUCCCGGCGCCUUGGCUCCCGUCCCCGACGCUACCUGCUCACUGGCCAGGCCAACGGCAGCCUGGCCAUGUGGGACCUGACCACCGCCAUGGAUGGCCUUGGCCAGGCCCCUGCAGGUGGCCUGACAGAGGAAGAGCUGAUGGGACAGCUGGAGCAGUGUGAGCUGGCGCCCCCGGCUUCCUCUCGGAGCUCCCUCCCCAGCCCCUCUCCCCGGACCUCCCUCACCAGUCUCCACUCAGCCUCCAGCAGCACCUCCCUGUCUGGCCGCCGUGGGAGCCCCAGCCCCCCACAGGCAGAGGCGCGGCGCCGUGGGGGAGGCAGCUUCGUGGAACGCUGCCAGGAACUGGUUCGGAGUGCACCAGAGCCCCGGCGGCCACCAACACCAGCCCCUCGGCCCUCCGCAGGGCUCGCGGCUCCCCUCACACCUCCCAAGAAGAAGCUCAAUGAAACUUCCUUUUGAACACAACCGCCAUGGUGCCUUUGGAUACCCUGGCCCCAGGGAACUCAGGUGCCUCCUCCUGGCUUUCUGUUGGAGUCCUGGGUUCAGGGCCAGGGCCUCCUCGGAGUGGUCAUUGUUACUAAGUCCCAAUCUUUCUCCUUUUCUGGAAGCCAAAGCUAUCCUUUCCAAUAAAAUCCUCAUUGCCAA